AAAUGGCUUUCCAUGUGGAAGGACUGAUAGCUAUCAUCAUCUUCUACCUCCUAAUCCUGCUGGUUGGAAUAUGGGCUGCCUGGAGAACCAAAAACAGUGGCAACUCGGAAGAGCGCAGCGAGGCCAUAAUAGUCGGUGGCAGAGACAUUGGUCUGCUGGUGGGUGGAUUUACCAUGACAGCCACCUGGGUCGGAGGAGGUUACAUCAAUGGGACAGCUGAAGCAGUGUAUGUACCAGAUUAUGGUCUAGCUUGGGCUCAGGCACCAAUUGGAUAUUCUCUUAGUCUGAUUUUAGGUGGUCUGUUUUUUGCAAAACCUAUGCGUUCCAGAGGAUAUGUGACCAUGUUAGACCCAUUUCAGCAGAUCUAUGGAAAACGUAUGGGCGGCCUUCUGUUUAUUCCUGCACUCAUGGGGGAAAUGUUCUGGGCGGCGGCCAUCUUCUCCGCUUUAGGAGCCACCAUCAGCGUGAUCAUUGACCUCGACGUGCACAUCUCUGUCAUUGUCUCCGCGCUCAUCGCCAUCCUGUACACCCUGGUGGGCGGUGUCUACUCCGUGGCCUACACUGACGUUGUUCAGCUCUUUUGUAUUUUCGUAGGAUUGUGGAUCAGCGUCCCGUUCGCACUGUCACAUCCUGCAGUUACCAACAUUGGGUUCACCUCUACGCACACCAAGUACCAGGCUCCUUGGCUGGGGACCAUCGAAUCAUUUGAAGUCUACAGUUGGCUUGAUAGCUUUCUGUUGUUGAUGUUGGGUGGAAUCCCAUGGCAAGCCUACUUCCAGAGGGUCCUUUCUUCAUCCUCAGCCACCUAUGCUCAGGUGCUGUCCUUCCUGGCAGCAUUUGGAUGCCUGGUGAUGGCCGUACCAGCCAUACUCAUUGGGGCCAUUGGAGCGUCAACAGACUGGAACCAAACUACCUAUGGGAUUCCAGACCCCAAAAGUAAGGAGGAAGCAGACAUGAUUUUGCCGAUCGUGCUGCAGUACCUCUGCCCAGUGUACAUUUCUUUCUUCGGUCUGGGUGCAGUUUCUGCUGCUGUGAUGUCAUCAGCAGAUUCUUCUAUUUUGUCAGCAAGUUCAAUGUUCGCUCGCAACAUCUACCAGCUUUCAUUCAGACAAAACGCAUCAGACAAGGAAAUCGUUUGGGUCAUUCGAAUCACAGUGUUUGUGUUUGGAGCUUCUGCGACCGCUAUGGCGUUGCUGACCAAGACCGUGUACGGGCUCUGGUACCUGAGCUCGGACCUCGUCUACAUCAUCAUCUUCCCGCAGCUCCUCUGCGUGCUCUUCGUCAAGGGGACCAACACGUACGGAGCCGCUGCGGGUUACGUUUCUGGCCUUUUCCUGAGAAUAACUGGCGGGGAGCCAUACCUGUACCUACAGCCCUUGUUCUUCUACCCCGGCUAUUACUCUGAUAAGAACGGCAUAUACAAUCAAAGGUUCCCGUUCAAAACCCUCGCCAUGCUUACCUCAUUCCUAGUCAACAUCGGCGUCUCCUAUCUGGCCAAGUACCUGUUCGAAAGCGGAACCUUGCCACCCAAACUGGAUGUGUUUGAUGCUGUUGUCGCAAGGCACAGUGAAGAAAACAUGGAUAAGACAAUUCUGGUCAAAAACGAAAAUAUUAAGUUGGAUGAACUCGCACCUGUGAAGCCCCGACAGAGCAUAGCUCGAAGCUCAACUUUCACCAAUAAAGAGGCCUUCCUCCACAUGGACUCCAGCCCAGAGGGGUCUGGGGCUGAGGACGGUUUGCAAUGACCCCCCGAACCAAACAGAGCUCUCUCUCAGACAGAGCUCUGCAGCAGGCUAG